UGAUACCGGAAUCCGGCCUAGGCGAUGGCUGGUUAAACUCAACUUUGCGUGAGGCCAAUUUGGAUGGUUGGGGUCGAGUCACUGGCGGUCGAAAUUAAACUUUCCAGUUGUGUGAAUCAGGGCCUCACGCAAGGGAAUCCUCAUGUGGCUGAUGCUUGCCCGUGAGGCUGAGUGUAUAAACUCAUUUUGGAAUCAGCACCUCAUCUCAAGACAGAGCCUGAGGACUUCAACGCGCUUGAAAAGAUUAUUCCAACCAUGAUAUUCAGCUGCUUGCUAUUUGCAUUGUGACAUGUGGCGACUGUGAUGUGAUUUCUUCCAUCUCGUUGUGAAAUUGAUUUGAAUACUGAAAACAGCCACCAAAAGCACACUACAAGAUGAGGUUAUCAGUGAGAGUAUUUGGAAGGGCAGCGCAAAUGCUGGAAUAUUACUCCCAUUUCAAUCCUUCUCCUCUCUCCAUGCACCAGUUCAUUGAAUUUGGGAAGAAAUCCUCUGAGAGAGCUUCGUUCCUGUUCUUGCGGAAGGAGCUCCCCGUUCGACUGGCCAAUAUCAUGGCUGAGAUCCAUCUUCUGCCCGAAACGCUUCUGGCGAUGCCAUCGGUGAAGCAUGUCCAGAGCUGGUACAUCCGCAGUUUCCAGGAGGUCCUAGACUUCGAUACCCUUGACCCUGACCGACCUGGUGUCCUUCCUAAAUUCUGUGAGGCCCUAGCAACGAUCCGCAAUCGACACACAGACGUCGUACAGACAAUGGCCCAGGGUGUAGUUGAACUGAAGGAAUCUCACAUUGUGGACACACAGACUGAGAACAGUAUUCAAUAUUUCCUUGAUCGCUUCUACAUGUCUCGGAUCUCUAUACGGAUGCUCAUCAAUCAACACUCCCUGCUGUUUGGAAAAGAGCUGAAUGGGAAUCGUAGACACAUCGGAAGCAUAGAUCCUUCGUGCAAUGUGUUGUCUGUGUUGAAAGAUGCCUUUGAGAAUGCUCGCUUCCUCUGUGAACAAUACUAUCUAGGUUCUCCUGAUGUGGUUGUGACUGAGCAUAAUGCUGUUAACCCUGGACGGGCAAUCGAAGUGGUGUAUGUGCCAUCUCACCUGUAUCACAUUCUUUUUGAGCUAUUCAAGAAUGCAAUGAGAGCAGUGGUUGAAUUCCACGAUCCCAAGUCGUCUGCGCCUUACUCCCCAAUAAAUGUUGUCAUUGUCAAAGGGAAGCAUGAUCUCACCAUCAAGAUGUCUGACUUGGGAGGAGGAUUUCCCUUGGAUAAUCUAGAACUUCUGUUUCGCUACAUGUACUCCACUGCCCCACAACCCCCCAUGCCUGAGUCAGAUGGAGCUCCUCUGGCUGGAUAUGGUUAUGGACUACCCCUUUCUCGUCUGUAUGCAAAAUACUUUCAAGGAGACUUGAAGAUCAGCUCCUAUGAGGGAUAUGGGACAGAUGCUGUCGUCUAUCUCAAAGCCGUGGAGAGUGAGGCAAACGAGAUGCUACCAGUAUUCAACAAGGCUUCUUCGCGUCACUAUGUACGAGCCCUGCAGGCCUCUGAUUGGAGCAACAGCCUCACACCCUCAAAGCCCUUGGGGCAGGUCAGAGCCUUGUAGCUUCUCAGUGAUCAUUCUCGGUCCACUCUGCGCAUGGAAGAUGCUCUGUCCCGGUUGACCCAAUUCCUUGUCUCAUUGUAGCUUAUAUCAUGAGGUCCGGUCAAGUGAGACAGGAUGAGUCACUUGGUGUCGGCGACUGCUCUCUGAGCAGCCAAGGACCUAACAGUGCCAAGUCCGAUGAAGGAUUUCUCGUAGGCUUAUACUUUGUAGAAGUAGAAAGGGUCUCAGGUGUUUUCAACUUGGCCUCAUAACAUCAACAGUAUUUUGUCUGUUGAUGUUUUGUCAUACCUAGCCCGGUCAAGGAAAGUCAUAUCUGAUAGUUAAAUUUGAUUGACAGAAUACAACUGAGUCCUUCUGUUCACCUUGUGACUGCUCAGAAACUUUUUUUGGCACAAAGAGGAAGUGAGUGUUUCCUCUUUCUACUGCUUGAGUCCAUUGAAGCCUGGUAGAUCUCUCAGGACUUAUGAUUCAAUUCUAGCCCUGUGAUGAAUUUUGAAAGGACUCAUUCAUGUGCUUAGAUAUAUUUGUGGAGGUGAUGUGCCUGAGAUGUGUUUUCUUUGACAAUACUCAUCCAUCAUCCUCAUUCAUUUGUUUUAUUCACCAUUAUCAUCAUGGUUUCCAUAAGAAUGUCUGCUUUCCUUAUUUUUUUCUGCUGUGGUCUGAUGGUGCACAUGAGGAAGUGUGAAACUGUUUCUCAGUUGUUCCCAUGAAAUCCAUAUCAGACCUGGCACUGUAACUAGUCGGGUCACCCAGUUGUUAUCACAUUUGUGUGCUGUCAUAUGCUCGGUGUUGUAUCAGAGGGAACUUGAUAUUUUGUCUGAAAUAUGCAAGAUUAAAGAGUGGACCACAGAAAGGUUCUAUUAGUGAAA